GCCAGGCGCUGCCCCGUGCAGAGGCGGAAGCGGAGUCGCCCCAGUCGAGUCGUGUUGCCGCGGGCACCUCAGCCCAGCUGCGCGCCUCAGCCCAUGGCCUCUUACUCCUACCGCCCCGGCCCCGGGGCCGGCCCCGGCCCUACUGCGGGCGCGGCGCUACCGGACCAGAGCUUCCUGUGGAACGUCUUCCAGAGAGUUGAUAAAGACAGGAGUGGAGUGAUAUCGGACAACGAGCUCCAGCAAGCACUGUCCAAUGGCACGUGGACUCCGUUUAACCCAGUGACUGUGCGGUCAAUCAUAUCUAUGUUUGACCGGGAGAACAAGGCUGGCGUGAACUUCAGUGAGUUCACGGGCGUGUGGAAGUACAUCACGGACUGGCAGAACGUCUUCCGCACCUACGACAGGGACAACUCGGGCAUGAUCGACAAGAACGAGCUCAAGCAAGCUCUCUCAGGCUACCGGCUCUCUGACCAGUUCCACGACAUCCUCAUUCGGAAGUUUGACAGACAAGGACGGGGGCAGAUCGCCUUUGACGACUUCAUUCAGGGCUGCAUCGUGCUCCAGAGGUUGACGGAUAUAUUCAGACGCUACGACACGGAUCAGGAUGGCUGGAUUCAGGUGUCUUAUGAACAGUAUCUGUCCAUGGUCUUCAGUAUCGUAUGACGCUGUCCUUUCGUGAAUAACAGCACGGCUUGCAGAAAAAAGACCCACAACGCCAAAUCUCUUACCUUUAACAGAACAGAACGGAUGCAGUUAGAUACUGCUGCUGUUCCUCCUCUAAAUUUUACUACUUGGGGACCUGGCUGUACAUAAGUGGAUGAGCUGAUCAACGUUUUUGCAGUUGUGAUAGUGGCUACAUCGUUACAAUUGGGUUCGGUGACUGUUUCAUCGUGCCAUGAGGUAAACGUAAUAAUGUUUCUGCUUGCAGAAGAAUGCAUCAUCUACUUUUCUAGAUAAUUCUGUAGUGAAAAUGCUUUAUUAGCCAAUAGAAAUUUUAAAAUAAUAUGGAACUUGCACAGAAGGCUUUUUACGUGCCUUACUUUUUUUAAAAGGAGUUUAUUGUGUCAUUGGGUAUGCAACACGAGCAAUAAAGGGAA